GAUGGUGGACUGCAAGCACCUAUUCCAGGAGUUUCACCCAGGAAGGUUCCUCGUGUUCGCUUCUCUCCUCGUCUUUGGAGUUCUCCUCUCUUUUAAACUGGAAGGGGUGAUGGACUGUUCCUAUUGGGGGGUCUUCAUUCCUCUCUGGAUGUGGAAAUUUAUCAUGAUAGCUGGCUGCACUAUGGGAAUUCGAUCAUACAUCUUGCAACAGGAUGUGGUGCACGAUAUGGGCACAGUAGCUGAUUUCCAGGCUAUGUUGCUCUCCACCUCCCUCCAAAUGCUCCUCUUCUCAUUUGAGGCAUGUCUCUGUUAUAAGCUCUCGUUCACGCCUCCCCACAUGAACUGGUACCUUGUGUUCAUGCCUCUCUUCCUCCUCUCCGUGCUUUCCAUCAUUAUAUGUGGGUGGGGCUGGAAGAAGGAGCGCCCACUGGAUCUAGAGCUCCUCUUCUCCGUCAACAUGCUGCAGUUCGUCCUCCUGGUUCUCAGGUUGGAGAAGUUGGUGUUGUGGAGUUGGCAGAUCAUCCUCAUACCCCUGUGGAUCCUACUGGGUAUCUGCAGUAUAGCGGUGAUUUACUACAUCGCCCUGACUGCUGUGUUACUGUGCACCAACGACAUCCUCCCCUCACUCCGCACCCCACGCACUGCCGCCUCCUGUCUCUACUCCCUCGCUAACUUCUCCCUCAUUCUCUUUCUUGGUCUGCUAGUCACUAAGAUUGAUAACCCAGAGGCAGAGAGUCACAGCUACAUCGCCAUAUUCCUGCCUUACCACCUUGGGAUGGGCAGUUUGGUGGUAUCUACAUUCUACCAGAAAGGUGGGAAUCCGUGGUGGUUUGGGAUUAGAGAGGAGUUUUGUCUGUUCCUUCUAAAGAAGUUUCCUUCUAUCAGAGUCUAUGGGAAUAUCUCAUAUAUUUACGGUUACUCUGCCCAAGAAACUGCUAUACCUGUAGAUAUUCCUAUUCUCAACACCAGUGAUUCCAAAAAUUCCCUGCCCAAAGUCACAUUCAGUAAUGUGGAGCUACCAGAUUGAUUUUAGUGGGAAUAGUUGCGGUAUGGUGCGGUAAAACACGAACGAACAGACAUUAUUUGUACAAACUAUAAACUUGCUGAUUGACCAUUGUAUGUUUUUUUUUUCUUUUAGCUGAGUUGAUAUAUUUCUUAUAUUAUUGUGUAUCACAUGCAAAGAUUGGGUUCGACUGUAGAGCUCAAAAAUUUCAAAUUUCAAAACAAACCUUGGAAUGUCUGGAAUGUCUAGAUACCUGACUCUUACCCCGAAAUAUUUCUGAUGUUCUUUUACACUUCUAAAAUCUCAAAAACCAAUGUUUUUUUAAUAAAUCUUGAAUUAGACGACCACCCUUGCAGAAAAGAUUAAUAUAAACUUCUAGAUUACUUUAAAUGGUUUGAUAAUUGAUCUCGGUACGAUUCUUUAGAACUUUCUCAGACUUUGUUUAUAUUUUAUUAUUACUUAUUCAUGGAAAGUCAAUGAUCUGGCGAUUUUUCUAAGCCACAAGGUAUCAUCUUGUGGUCCAUCUCGGCUUAGAAAAAAAGUUGAUCGAUAUAGCUUUAUAUCUUCGUUGGGCAAUUAUAAUGUUUUUAUUUGUGUCAAAAACUCGCUAUUUUAAAAAUAGUUCAUGUAAAA